AUGAUUAUGGGGACACUGAGGACGAUUGAUAACGUGGAUGAAUACGAAAAUCGGAGUUGGGAAGACUUCAUAAGUUAUGGCAGUUUCAGGGAAAUCAAAGAAGACUCGGGGGUUAAAGGUUCAGCGGAUAAUAUAAUCUCGGGUUUUCAGAAAAUGUUGUACUGGUUGCACAAAAUAUUAUCGAAAAUGGCACAAAUGAUUUCGGCAGCCAAAGAUUAUGCUAGGAGAGCAUUGUCUGAUACAGUGAUUACGAGAGAGGGAUUAAAAUGUAAUGGGAUAUGGUUGAAGAAUACAGCGAGGGCUAAUGGGCUAAGAGAAAAGAAAAAAAGUGUAUGUGGACGGAGUUUAAAAUAUAGUGAUGUGUAA